CCCGAGCGUUAUGCCUGGGGAACCUCUCUAGUCGCUUAACUAGGCCUACUUUACGAAGUAAAUAAGCAAGUGUGAAGGUAACGUCGAAAGCCCUAGGGGAUUGAGAUACGUGCCGUUGGCGCCCUUCUCGAGCAGUACCCUCACAAUCGCCUUGUGGCCUGUAAGUGAAGCUAUCUGGAGUUCCACCCUGCACAUUGACAUCGGCGCCCUUGUCGAGCAACAGCCUCACAAUCGUCUCGUGGCCUCUGUAUGAAGCCGCCAAGAGUGCGUUACUAUAACCUUCAUGCUGCGCGUACCGCCAACUCUGUGCGUUGACGUUGACGCCCUUGCUGAGCAGCAGCUUCACAGCUGCCUCGUGACCUCCUUCUGAAGCCGCUUGGAGCGCGUUGCCGUACUCUCCACCCCGCGCGUUAAUGCCAGCGCUUAAGAACUUUCACACCGUCGUUUCCUGCCUGUGUUUACUCGCCCAGCUAAGUGCGGAGCCUCCAGAGUGACCCUUGUUGGAGUUUUUUAUCUCCGAUGGGAUCCGUUGCCCCACAUGCGCACCAACUACAGAUAUAAUUGGUCAAGAUUUCUUAGCACAGCAUCUUUUGCAACCGCACCAUGGCAAGGUCAAGGAAGGUGCGGGUCGGUCAUACUCGCCAUGAGCAGUGGCAAAUCAAAGUCUAUUUCGCGCAGGUUAUCUUGUAGGAUAAUUUGUAAGUAAGUUAGUAUGAUCUGGACAAGACAAGCUAGCUUGCUAUACUACGAGCCUGAGUGCAUAUCAUGAACAUUAGCAAUCAUUGCUGAUAUUUGACGUUAUCUUCAAAGGGAGCCUUUUAGCGGAUUUCACAUGUUCGUGCCCCCCUUACGCCAUUCCACGAUUUGUUCACGACGAAUUUAUACCUUACUCACUCUUCUCAUCGCAUACUUGCUCUUUGGCGU